ACCGCGCGCUCGCUUCCAGACCUGCGCGCCCCUGAGUCCCGCGCGCCCCUCCGGACCUGCGCGUCCCUGCAGACCUGCGUCCCUGGGGACCCGCAAGCCCCUCCGGACCCGCGCGCCCCUGCAGACCCGAGCGCCCCUCCAGCCCCGCGCGCCGCUGCAGCCUCCGGCGGCCGCUCCCGCGAUGCUCGAAAGCGCAGAGCUGAACUUCAACGCCGACCAUGGCUACCUGGAGGGCCUGGUGCGCGGCUGCAAGGCCGGCCUCCUGACCCGGCAGGACUACGUCAACCUGGUCCAGUGUGAGAACCUGGAAGAUCUGAAAAUUCAUCUCCAGACCACCGAUUAUGGCAACUUCUUGGCUAAUCAAGCCACCCCUCUUACUGUUUCCGUUAUUGACACGGAGAUGAGGAAGAAGCUGUGCAGAGAGUUUGAGUAUUUCCGGAAUCACUCCUUGGAGCCGCUAAGCACCUUUUUCACAUACAUGACGUGCAGUUACAUGAUAGACAACGUGAUUCUCCUGAUGAACGGCGCUCUGCAGAGCAAACCCGUGAAGGACAUUCUGGGGAAGUGCCACCCCCUCGGCCACUUCACGGAAAUGGAAGCAGUCAACAUCGCAGAGACGCCUUCUGACCUCUUCAACGCCAUUCUGGUGGAGACGCCCUUAGCUCCGUUCUUUCAAGACUGUACGUCUGAAAAUGCUCUAGAUGAACUGAAUAUUGAAAUCCUGCGUAAUAAACUGUACAAGUCCUACAUCGAGGCAUUCUACAAAUUCUGUAAGAAUCACGGUGAUAUCACAGCAGAAGUCAUGUGUCCCAUUCUGGAGUUUGAGGCUGACCGGCGUGCUUUUAUCAUCACUCUGAACUCCUUUGGCACCGAGUUGAGCAAAGAGGACCGGGAGACCCUCUACCCGACCUGCGGCAAGCUCUUCCCCGAGGGGCUGCGCCUGCUGGCCCAAGCCGAGGACUUCGAGCAGAUGAAGAGGGUAGCGGACAGUUACGGAGCAUACAAGCCUUUGUUUGAGGCUGUAAGUGCCAGCAGUGGGGGAAAGACCCUGGAGGAUGUGUUUUAUGAGCGUGAGGUACAGAUGAACUUGCUGGCAUUUAACAGGCAAUUCCACUAUGGCGUGUUUUACGCAUACACCAAGCUGAAGGAACAAGAAAUGAGAAACAUCGUGUGGAUAGCCGAAUGCAUUUCACAGAGACAACGAACUAAAAUCAACAGUUACAUUCCAAUCUUAUAACCCAGUGAGGGGCCUCAAAUGCAGAAAAUCAUAAAUGUUAAGAGGAGGUGAUGAGGGCAAUAAAGGAGUUGUGUCGUAUUAUCUAGACGCUGCACUUCAUGAAUUAUACACCCACUGGAAGCACAGCAAAGCUACCCGGAAACAAAGCGUAUCUUUUUCCGGGAGCCUUAAAUCUUGUUAUGCCUCAUUCUCCACUGGGCCUUAGACAUUAAUUUUAACUAACCUGUGGUACUUUCCCUAUUCUCGUUUUCUUCUUAUAAAAUCAAAUCUAUUAAAAAGUGUUUUGCUUUCCCAUGUUUAUCCACAGGCCCAAAUACUGAGUGUCUCCUUUACUUGUUAACUGUCCAUUCCUUAUCUAUGUCCACAGAAAUCCAGAGUAGUACAUAGGCAUCAAGGACCACACUUGGUGGAAAACACUGUAUUUUUUCCUAAUACACUUUGAUCUGGUAGGCUUGGGAAAGCUACACAGUUCCAAAUCAUAUUCCAUAGGUGCAGGUAGUGUUAAAUUUCCUACUAAGGCUACCAACUAUAACUUAUUCUCUCACAACUUUCAUUUAAAAAAAAGGUAUACCUCUCUUUCUUACAGUUUCUUCAUAUUAAUACUUUGAGAAUAAAAAGUUGUUAUAUUUUAUUUCAUUCAGAAACAUAAAUCAUAGGUUCACAGGAUAUGGCAACUCUAUAAAACUCAAGUUUACCAGAGAAAGAAAAAUCAACAAACACUGCUCCAGUGCUUUCUUUAAAAAUAAAAAUAAAAAAUUCCUAAAUAGAAAAA